AUGGCCACAUCUUCGUGUCCCCUUCCAUCUCAGGCGGUCCUGCAGCCCUCCAUCCAUGACCUGUCCCAAAUAACCAGCAGCCUUUACAUCAGUAACGGUGUGGCUGCCAACAACAAACACAUGCUGUCCAGCAAUCACAUCACGACGGUCAUCAAUGUCUCAGUAGAGGUAGUAAACACAUUCUUCGAGGACAUUCAAUACGUACAGGUACCCGUGGCGGAUGUUCCCACUUCACACCUCUAUGACUUUUUUGACCCUAUUGCUGAUCACAUCCACAGCGUGGAAAUGAAACAGGGCCGCACGCUGCUCCACUGCGCUGCAGGGGUGAGCCGUUCAGCUGCCCUCUGCCUCGCUUAUCUCAUGAAAUACCAUGCCAUGUCCCUGCUGGACGCCCACACGUGGACCAAGUCAUGCCGGCCCAUUAUUCGGCCCAACAACGGUUUUUGGGAACAACUGAUCCAUUAUGAAUUCAAGUUGUUUAGUAAGAAUACUGUACACAUGAUUGACUCUCCACUGGGAAUGAUCCCUGACAUCUAUGAGAAGGAAGUUGGAUUGAUGAUGACGCUGUGA